UGAAGGACGGCCCCCCACCUCUGAACGUCAGACAGCAAAGCACCCAGAGGGAGCGGUGGGGCAGGGCGGCGACACUGCUGGUCUGGACGGACGCAGAAGAGGAGCGCGGAGCAGAAGCAGGUCACUAUGGCGACAGCGAGCACCUCUGGGCAGGGCGGCUUCGGCCUGGGGAGGAAGAAGAAGACUCCGGGUCUGAUGGAUCAGAUUGGCCAGUUCUUUGGAGGAAACAAGAAGAAGAGGAGUAAGGGCUCGUUCCGGGGUCAUCUGGCCACUUCGCCCCAACAGUCGUCCUCUCGUCGUCGGGCCAACGAGAACGCCGUGGUACAAUUCUUCAGGAGCCUGGUUUCCUCUCCUCCUGCUAAAUCCAGGUGGAAGGACAUCCUGGGUUUGAGUGACUCGCUGCUUCUGGAUGACUUUGAAACUGCUCGGCUGUUUAUGAACCGGCCUCGUCGUCACGUGCCGAGAGUGCAAAGUCCCCAGUCAGGAGACGCAGGGACCAAAGCACACUGUCCAGGCUCUUCACUCUGUGAUGCUCUCAGCAGACCGGAGGAGAGUCCAAGUCCAAACCUCCCCCAAAACGCUGGAGCACCAUCUUCUGAGGACGAGAUCCCGGGCGGAACACCGAAGGGACCAGAGGAGGAAGGAGAAGCAGACUCACAACCUGAAGAGAUGCUAACAGACUAACACAAGCCUCCUUCAGUGGAGGAUCUCUUUAACGGUGCUGUCGGGAAAACUCUGUGAGAAUUCUUCGUGCUUUAUUCCAAAAAAAUGUCUGAUGGUGCACAUGUCCACGGUGUGAAGUUUGUUCGUAUUUUGUACACACGUGAUGCUUUAUAGAGCAAAAAAUGUGCUUUUUUUUCUGGGAGUCUGAACAAUAACAGUUAUUGUGCCUCAGUGUCAUAUGCAGGUUUGUAACAUGUCGCCCUUUCAGAUGCACUUGUGUAAAACCCUUGAUUUGUUGAUUUUCAGUUUGAUGGGUUCUCUUCAGACGAUGCGGGUUUCAGAUGAUGGUUUUCCUGUAAGUGGGUUGAAGGUUUUAGGAAGAAGCAACAAGGUGGUCAGGAGCAGAGCUGUACGACAUCGCGAUGAAUUCAACAAUGCAGGAUUUCUCAUGCUUCUCUGACCUGUUAUGUUUUAAAAGGAAAAAUCUGUAAAUAUUUUGCUUUUUUUUGCUCAUUUAGUGUCUCUAAACGUCCAGUUUUUAUGUGCAGCCUAACUCUUUAGGUCUCUCACUACAGAUUUAUUAUUGUGUUGCUCUGAAGCUGAACGGUUCCUCGAACAUCUCGUGAUGCAUUCAUGCAGCGUGGAAGUUCAGUCUUUUGAUGUGAAGCUUUAAAUCCUCUAUUCACUAAAUAAAAGGCUUUUAGAUGGAU